AUGUACUACGCGUACAGUCCCGAUACGGACUACGAAAACGACCGAACGGCCGCGAAGUCCGGCGUCGCCCUCCAAGGAUCGAAGGGAGAUGCGGAGUUGACGCUGGACCAGCUGCAUAACGAGGCGUACGGCAACGGGAGCGGGGGCCAACCUGGAGCGCGACGCACAAAACGUCAAGCGUUCGAAAAUAUCGGUAAUCAAUCGAGGCUGGUGAGCGAGGUUCAGGUGCGCAAGCGGUUUGGCGCGUGCCACGACUUGAAGCGCGCCACGAACUCCGUGGCAACGCCGAUGAGCGGAGGCACUGUUGCCAGCACUGACGCCAGCACAGUCAAAAUGGAAUGGGAUGAACUGACCACCGAUGAGGUUGCCGUGGUGCAGGCACAUCGUCGACGUGCUGAAACAUCUCGUCCGGAUCUAUCCCCUCGGACCCCAUGCGUGGUUGAGUCGCCAGCAGACACCAUGGAUGCUGCAGGGAACACUGCUGGCACGGAGGACACUGUACCCCCGGGAGCUCUGACUAUCCAGCGCGUCAACCUCCGCAGACACGUUCGCGACAUUGAUGCAGAGAUGGAAGAACAACACCGUAAGCAACACAGUCAUGUUAUGCUGGAGGGAACAGUGACGAGGCUGGUUCUUUGGAGGGACCCUGCGAGGACGGCUUUGUACUUCGGUGUUGGUGUCCUGCUCCUCGCCGCUGCCCGAGCGCCAGGCCUCGUCGCCGAGCACGUCCCGGUGAACCCCGUUGUCAUCGCAGCGUACGCCUCAAUGGCUUAUUUGUGUCGUGCGUAUAUCCUUGCCAUCGCUUUCCCCCGCCGGAAACAUAACCUCUCCAUCGAUGUUGAAGAAGCCGCUGACUUUGCCCGCUGGUUUGCAAGCUGCUGCAACGCGGUGACAAAUGCACAUGAUGAUCUUCUCUCAGGGCGCAGUAACAAGGAUGUUCUAGGAGCGUUCAUUGCCUUGUACGGUGUUGCUAGCCUCGGCGGUUUGCUCAACAGCACGUGGUUGGUGGCGUGUGUUUUGUGGUGUGGGGCCUUCGCGAUUCCCCCGGCUGCGGAGGCUCACCGCGAGCUCAUUACACGUGCCGUGGGGAUAGCAAAGCAGGAGAUUGGUGGCCGCUGGAUUUCAUUCACGAGCAAUCAAAGGUGGGGUAGUGGUGUGGUGGUGACAGCCGUUGUCUUCGUGUCGAGUCCUUUCUGGACGCGCGUCAUUCUCGGAUUCAUCGCCCUGGUGGCCAUGAGGCUUUAUCGUGAGACGCAUGCAAAGCAGCUGGAAGGUCUUCAACGCGUCAUGAAAGACGCUUCACGCCGACUGUCACGCGCGGGUUCUGAGUUCCACGCCAUGGUAUCCACGCCCAGCUUGUUUUAUCGCCGUCGUAUGGGAUCCAGCUCGCGGAACCUGACGUCUCAUUCACGUAUUCGGACCUCUGAUCUCAAGUGA